CUCCUUUGUAUGCUGCUCACUUCCGCCCCGGGCAGUUUGUGGAUGUUACUGCAAAAACAAUUGGUAAAGGAUUUCAAGGUGUCAUGAAAAGGUGGGGAUUUAAAGGUCAGCCUGCAAGCCACGGCCAGACAAAAACUCACAGACGACCUGGAGCAAUAUCUACCAACAAAGCUUCCAAAGUUUAUCGUGGGAAGAAAAUGCCUGGUAAAAUGGGUAACAUCUACAGGACAUCUUUUGGAUUAAAGGUGUGGAGGAUCAAUACAAAACAUGACAUUAUUUAUGUAAAUGGAUCUGUUCCAGGACACACCAAUUGUAUGGUGAAGGUCAGAGAUAGCAAAUUGCCUACUUACAAGGACUGCAAUAAAAACCCUCCAUUCCCUACGUUUUUUGCUGAUGGAGAUGAAGAACUGCCAGAAGACCUUUUUGAUGAGGAGAUUUUCCAGUUCACAGAUCCAUCUGUCACAUUCGCAUAAUGUUCCUUGCAUCUUUGAAAACACAGUUUUGUUCUUUUCAUGUACAUUGCAGUGCUGUAUAAAAGCAAGCCGAUGAAUUGCAGUCUGGCCAACUGACUUAAACACUUCAGGUAUUGUUAUUUUGGUCAGGUAAUCAGAUUUCCCACUGUCAGUCUCAAACCUGUACUUAAAGCAACAGGUGAGUCUGAGGGACAGGUCGUAAAGCACACCAAACUCUGAGUCUCCAAUGACCUCUUGUCUUCUGCCUCAGGCUGUGAAAACCUACACAAUCCUGAAAAACUGUUGUUUUGAAGAUGGUUCCAGUUCAUUUUCUGAAUGUGAACAAAUUCUGUUUCUCUUUUAUAUGAAGUAUACUGGGCAAAUCUUAUCAAUCAGAAAAAGAUUCCAAAUUUGCCUUGGCAUCUGAGGUGGGGGGGGAAUCCAUGAAUAGUAAUCCAAAAUAAAACAAGAAAAUGUAUGACCACUGUUUUGCAGAAUGA